AAAAAAAAAUCUAAGAUGGCGGCCGUCGGGGCUUCGGGAGGCGCGACGGUGACGGCGGCGGCGGCCGCGCCCUCCUCCACGACGGCGCCCACGGCUUCCCUGGCCGCCGCCUCCUCGGCCGCGGCGGCUUCGUCGUCCUCGGCCGCCCCCUCAUCGGCCUCGGCGGCGGCCCCGCAGCCCCCGGCGCCGCAGCCGGCGGGCGGGAGCUCGGGAGUGGCGCAGCAGGCGGGGGGCUCCGGCGCGGCCGAGGCGACCCCCGGGGGCGCCGGGGGCGGCGGCUCCGCGGGCUCCUCGUCCUCGUCGUCGUCCUCCGGGGCCGGCGGCGGGGGCGGGGGCGGCGGCGCGGCCGCGGGGGCGUCGCCGGGCGCGUCGGAGUCGUGGUAUGUGGCGCUGCUGGGCUUGGCCGAGCACUUCCGCACGUCCAGCCCGCCCAAGGUGCGGCUCUGCGUGCACUGCCUGCAGGCCGUGCUGCCGCGGAAGCCCCCGGCGCGCGUCGAGGCGCGCACCCACCUGCAGCUCGGCUCCGUCCUCUACCACCACACGCGCAACGGCGAGCAGGCCCGCGGGCACCUCGAGAAAGCGUGGCUGAUAUCACAGCAAAUUCCUCAGUUUGAAGAUGUCAAAUUUGAGGCUGCCAGCCUCUUGUCUGAGCUGUAUUGUCAAGAGAACUCUGUCGAUACAGCGAAGCCACUGCUGCGGAAAGCCAUCCAGAUCUCUCAGCAGACUCCCUACUGGCACUGCCGCCUUCUUUUCCAGCUUGCACAACUCCACACCCUUGAAAAGGACCUGGUGUCUGCUUGUGACCUUCUGGGAGUUGGAGCUGAAUAUGCCCGUGUGGUGGGGUCUGAAUACACAAGGGCCCUGUUUCUACUAAGUAAAGGCAUGCUGCUGCUCAUGGAGAGAAAGCUUCAAGAGGUGCACCCACUGCUCACGCUCUGUGGGCAGAUUGUCGAGAACUGGCAGGGAAACCCCAUUCAGAAGGAGUCCUUGCGGGUUUUCUUCUUGGUGCUUCAAGUGACUCAUUACCUGGAUGCUGGGCAGGUGAAGAGCGUCAAGCCCUGCCUGAAGCAGCUGCAGCAGUGCAUCCAGACCAUCUCCACCCUGCAUGACGACGAGAUCCUGCCCAGCAACCCUGCAGACCUGUUCCACUGGCUGCCCAAGGAGCACAUGUGUGUGCUGGUGUACCUGGUGACGGUGAUGCACUCCAUGCAGGCUGGGUACUUGGAGAAGGCGCAGAAGUACACGGACAAAGCUCUGAUGCAGCUGGAGAAACUCAAAAUGCUGGACUGCAGCCCCAUCCUGUCUUCCUUCCAAGUGAUCCUUCUGGAGCACAUCAUCAUGUGCCGUCUCGUCACGGGCCAUAAAGCCACAGCCCUGCAGGAGAUCUCCCAGGUUUGCCAGCUUUGCCAGCAGUCCCCUCGUCUCUUUUCCAAUCACGCUGCCCAGCUGCAUACCCUUCUGGGGUUGUAUUGCAUUUCCGUGAACUGCAUGGACAACGCAGAAGCGCAGUUCACCACAGCACUCCGGCUCACCACCCAUCAGGAGUUGUGGGCUUUCAUUGUGACAAACCUCGCAAGUGUCUACAUCAGGGAGGGGAACCGGCACCAAGAGCUUUACAGUUUAUUGGAGAGGAUAAACCCAGACCACAACUUCCCUGUGAGCUCUCACUGCCUGCGGGCGGCAGCCUUCUACAUCCGGGGACUCUUUUCCUUCUUCCAGGGGCGAUACAACGAAGCCAAGCGUUUUCUGAGGGAGACUCUGAAGAUGUCGAAUGCAGAGGAUCUGAACCGGCUGACGGCUUGCUCCCUUGUUCUCCUGGGCCAUAUCUUCUACGUACUGGGGAAUCACCGGGAGAGCAACAACAUGGUGGUCCCGGCCAUGCAGCUGGCCAGCAAGAUCCCGGACAUGUCGGUGCAGCUGUGGUCCUCGGCCCUCUUGAGAGAUUUGAACAAAGCGUGUGGGAAUGCUAUUGACGCCCAUGAAGCUGCGCAGAUGCACCAGAACUUCUCCCAGCAAUUGCUGCAGGACCACAUUGAGGCCUGCAGCCUCCCCGAGCACAACCUCAUCACGUGGACGGACGGACCCCCGCCCGUGCAGUUCCAAGCGCAGAAUGGGCCCACCACCAGCCUGGCCAGUCUGCUGUGAAAGCACGGUCUGCGGCCCUAGUUCAGAACCAGGCUGGAAACCUCCUCGUGCUGAACUCCGUAUAACAAAGACGACGACUCUGGUUCCACCCCAGCCCUUGCAGUUGUCGCGCUGGGGCUUCAUAGGCUGAAUGCCCAAUCAUUCCUGGCUCUUCUGUAAGACUUUCUGUGUGUGUGUGUGUGUGUGUGUGUGUGUGUGAGAGAGAGAGAGAGAGAGUGACCCGGAUGGCAAGGGGACCGGGGCCACAUAAGCAUGCUGUGUUGUGAAAGGAGGCUAUAAUGGGCUCUUUCUCAGAACUGGGUGUGACGGUUCAGUUCAGAUGGGCAAGUGCUUAAUUAAUAAGUUGGAUCAUGGCGAUUUUUAAAGAGGUAAAAAUCCAAUAUAAUGAAGGACAAAACCCUUCGUUAUAUUGGUAUAGCUAGGCUGAAGAAAAUGGGAAGGCUGAAGACCCUCCCACCUUAAACCAGCCCCUGAAAAAGCUACACCUUCUUGCAUUUGAACUGGUGCUUUGUUUCCUUUGUAUACCUGGUGCUGUGUGUUUGUGAUGCUGUUUACUGUUAAAAAUGUGCACCGGCCAGGCCAGGCUAGGCUCUACUCUUGCAGGCUAGGCUGUCUCCUUUCGCCCAGCUGCUGGGGCAAAGAACAGAGGAGAAAGUAUAUAAAGGGUAUCUUAAUUUUCUGGAGGUCACUUCGGGGACUGUUUGUUGGACAUUCCUGAGUGGGGCUGCAGGGAGAAGCUAACCUGAGUUCCUGGAUAGCAUCUUUCCUUCAAGCUUUUCGGUUAGCUCUGCUGAAUGAAACAUGUCCCCCUUUAUCAGUACUAAGAAAAAAUUGCUGACAGAGAAGGGCUUGCUUUCUUUCUCCAGCACUCUGCAUUUCCUAGGCAGCUCAAGGAAUGAAAUGAAAGAGAAAUGAAAUGAAAGCUUGGCUAGUAAGCUGUACUGGCCUUCGGAGGUUUUACUUGCAAAAGUGGAGAGCAGGAAUGGCUCAAGUUUCUAGCCCCUAAGGACUGCAAAGAUACCCUUGCAAGGAUGUGGGUAAUGCAUCGUAAGAUCCGAACAAGCGUUCCAGUGGCUGAGGCAGAACUUAAGUCUUCUUGCCCUUCCUAUGACAAUGUAAUAAGUAUUUUAUCAGAUUAGUAUGCAAAAUAAGCAGUUAUGCAGAAUUGCUGGAUUCGCAUAAUAUAUCCGUGGUGCAGAAUCCAGCCUUGCCUCGCGCAGUACUUUAGUACUACUCUAUUUCCAGGCCAGGACAGAACCCUGAUUUGAGUGAUGAUGUGAUCAUGUAACCCAAGAGGAAAUUUUUAAUCAUGGGAUUUUCAUCCAGAAUAUUGAUCAUCCCAGAAUUAUGAUCAUGCUCUUCUCUAAGAUGGCUGUGUUCCCUUUCCCCCACCCCCGUCCAAAACCUUCAGCACUGUCGCAGACUCCCUGCUAGGCUUCCGUGUCCAAGAAUUGUCCCGCUGGAAGGUUGCUUGUGGAGACUGGGAGAUCUGAAGCCCCGGAUGGUAAACAGGCAGGUGACCUUGGAGAGGUGGCUAGCCUGGGAUGGACUGCCUUUUGGGUGCUGCCAAAUUUAGCUUGCCCAUCUUGCCUCGGAGAUCCCUCCCUGAGGAUUCACAAUAGACAGUCGUAGCCCCCGGAGAACCAAGAACUGCUGGUUGCUGCCUCUCUGGGCAAGGGACUCAUGUUCCCCCUUGGAAGACAGAAAAGAAAGUCUGUGUGGGAGGGGGAAGGGGGUGCAUAAUACAAGCAGCAAAAGCCCUUUGUGUUGUGGGGCAGGAGAAGCAGGGCUUGGCUUUCCAGGUGAGACUUUCAGGCCAGACUGGGUUUGGUCCCCUCUCUGUAAGCAGCCCAGAUAACUUUUUUGGUAAUUGGGACAGCAUCCAAAAACCUUAAAUAAAUAAGACUCCCCCAGGCUGCUCUCCCCACCCCAGCCAGCAUGGUCAGAGGGCCUGCUGAGAGUUGUCAUCCAACACAUCUGGAGUGGAAGAAGUUGUUCUAGAAUGGCAGCUCUUGAGGGAUUCUUUUCUGACUUCCCCACCCCUAAGCUUCUUUCUGAUCACUGCUCAGGAUCUCGUAAUGGAGCACCGUCUCUGGAGUUCCAGGAAGACAUGGGCUCAAGAUGGGUGUUUGUGCUUUUUAAAAAGGGCUUUGAAUAAUAAGAAUUUAGUGACUAGUAUACAUUUGUAAACACGUAUGAUCUGAUUUCUGACAUAGGAAACCGCAAGGCUUAAGUCAGCCGAGGGUAACUUCUUUCAGCACUCCCGUUUCCCAGCUCACGCUCUCCACCCCCCCCCCCCCGGCUCUAUAAUCAGGCUUUGAAAAGCCUCCAUUGGUGCUCUAAGAAGCCUUUUUAAAAACGGAAUAGGGGAGGAGAGCUGAGAUUUUUUUAAUGGCAGCUGUGGCGGGGGACUAGCCCGGCCCUCUCAAAGCCCCUCAUUUUAAUGGACACUUUUUAAGGGACUCAUUCCCACCCGUGGAGGUCUUUCUAAAGUCCCUGCCUAGGGUGUCGGUGCAGAGAGGAGGGGAGGGGCUAAAUGGGGACAUCCUGGGGCUGGAGCUUCCCCCCCCCCUCCGUCUCAGACAGACCCAGCGUCCUUCCCACCCGCCUGCGAAGUAGGAUACCUCAUCAGCCCUCUCUGGCGGCUCUUGGUACCCACCCACCCACCCCAGGCAGGCCAGCCACUUGUGAUUUUGCACUUAAAAACAUGGGGUCAGCCAACACGCUUGACCAUUCUCGAAUCACACACGUGACGCUCUUCCUCCGAAACUGUUCUGUACAAAAGUGCUUUAGGAAAUUUGUACUGUUUUGUCUUUUAACCUUUUCGAAAAGCAUCUAAUCUUUCCUAGUAAUGAUGUGCGCUCAUAAAAGACGACGUACAGGCGA